AUGUUUAACUGGGUGGUGAAAGUGGUCCCCCAGCUCCCUGAAGGUGCAGAUGAUGGGACUAAGCCCCCUGCUGCUGCCUCCAGGAAGAGUCCUCCACAGAAAAACACAGAUGAGACUUCAGAGGACAGCCAGAGCCAGUCUGGGGUCUUAGGCUGGCUGUCUAACGGCUUCGUCAGCUCCCUGCCUCAACCUGCUGGCUCCCCUCGACUCAGCACCUCCACCUCUGAGUCCAGGUCUGGAGAGGACGGAGAAAGGUCUGGAGUGAUCGGCUGGGUGGCUCAGGGUCUGACCAAGGUGUUGCCCCAGCCUGAUGAAAAGUACAAAGAGAUGCCAGACGAAGAACACACUGAGGUCUAUGAUGUAGAAACAAUGCCAGAUUAUGAUCCUCUCCCACACAUCCCAGUGGUGGAGAUGGUCUCAGAGGAUGAAGAGGAGGAGGAGCCUUCUCCAUUCGGUCCCAACGUGGUGAACUGGAUCAGGCAGAUGGUCCCUCAGCCGGCGAUGCUGCCCCCUGGUGCCGUCCCCCUAGAACCAUCCAACAAGUCCUCCCGAUCUUCUCUGGAGAAAGUUUUUUCUCCGCCACCCGAGUCUCUGAGUGGAAUCUCUCUGGACACUGACAGCAAGGCCUCAGCCAUGGUUGGCUGGUUCAUGUCAGGAAUCGGCCUGAAGUUGCCUCAGCCUGCUGUUGCAGCCAAAGAAGAUGUUAAGGGUACUGCUGAAGUUCUACAGAAAGCUUCAUCCAAACUCAAACCUGACAUGGUACUAGAAGAUGUGGACUCAGACAACGAGUGUCAGCAGAAACGUAAAGCUGCAGCACCAUCCACAGUCCUGACUCCACCAUCACCCAGCGCAAACCAGCAGCACACACAGUCCAGUUCAGUGCCGGAAUGCAACGCCGCCGCCACGGAGCCAGAACAGUCUGAGAAUUUGACUAAAUCUCAAGAAGAUGCUGAGACCCAGACAGGUCGCUGGACGCCGUUCAUUGAAAACAUCAAGAAGGAAGCUGAAGGUGUAGCGUUAGCGACCAUGGAGGAACGUCUGCUGCAGGAGCGUCUGGAGAUGGCCCGUAUGGCUGAGGAGGUGGCCAGGCAGACGGCUGAGAUGGCCAUUAGACAGAUGGCCACUGAGGGACACUCUAUUAGACUCUCACUGGGAAGUCAAGACAUGCUGGAUGAGGGGCCUGAAAUAGAGCUGCCGGUGCCACUAGAGGAGGAGGGAGAAGUGGACCUGUGUAACGGUGCUGCAGAAGAGGAACCAAGCCUUGCUGAAGAGACUGAGGAACCCAUCACCACAGAACCAGAACCAAAGGAGGAGUCUGAGGCACAGCGGACCUCCCCUGAACCUGAACCUGAACCUGAACCUGUGAAGACCACUGAGCCAGAGCCUGAGUCUGAGCCAGAACCAGAGCCAGAGCCCGAAUUAGAAGAAGAAGAAGAAGAAGAAGAAGGACCAGAACCACAGACCAAAACACAGGAAGCCAAAUCAGAAGCUGAGCCUGUAACCAAGCAGCCACAGAAAGCAGAGGGAGACGGUCAGAACACCAACGCUGACAAAGCUGCUCCAGUCAGCUGUGAUGCAUUUAAGAGCUGCCUGAUGCGCAUUCCUCACACCUCCGAGUGCUUCGGCAACAUCAACGCAUUCUUCAAAGAGAACGGCAUCUCCGCUCCCAAAAUACCCUCUAUGCCUAAGCUACCCAACCAGCUUUCUGACAUCACCAAGUACCUCCCCUCCCUCCCCCCUGAACUGCACCAAGAGUUCUCCCACAUCCGACUGACGCAGGUUCCCCGAAACUUCGUCCAGACUUUGACUGAGAUUUUGCCCAAAAGCUCUGAAGGCUCAGCCGGGCCCAGCCUGUCAGCCUUAUGCCUCAAGAUGCCUAAAAAACAACAACAACAACAACAACAACAACAACAGCAAAAACAGAAGCAAGACAAGAAAGAGCAAGAUGUUGAACUCAACCGGCUUGUCCGCCCCUCCCCUCUCUCUCCUCCUCACCAUCCUCAGCUCCGCUCCCGCUCCCCGUCCCCCUCCUCCUCCCCCAACGGUAGCGCCCUCGAGUUGCCUAACGUGCCAUCCUACUCACGGCUGCCGCCAAUCGUCAGCCCCCCAUCAAAGCAGCUCCACUCACUGUCCCGCCAGCUGUCAGGUCUCUCUAAUCCAGCUUUCUUCAUUGAAGAUGACUCAGACAUUUCAGCAUUAAGACCCACAGCGAGCUCCAGCCUCAGCCUUCGUCCAGCUGUCAAUGUAGAGGAUGUGGACUCCGACCAUGAGAGAGGAGGGGAAGGAGGAGCAUCGAGAGGAGAUCAGACUGCUGUCCCCCACAUCCUGACCCCCCAGGACCCCAAACUCACCACCCUCACUGUCCCUGUGACCCCUUCUGGAGGCCGGCAAAGCAAAGGAGAUAAAGAUAGUGGAAGGAAGCGGAGGACGAUCUGGACAAAGAUUAGGACCCUUCAUUCUCAAAGUGAAGAUGAUGAUGAUGAAGGCAGCCUCCCUGUCAGAGCCUGGCCCAGCCAGUCCAGCCUGCACAGCUCAGACGACAUGAUGAAGGAGCGACCAGCGUCUUCAGCCAGUCAGAGCAGCGCGGUGGUGAACGAGCGUCUGCAGGAGCUGGUCCGCAUGUUUAAAGAGAGAACGGAGAAGGCCAAGGAGAAACUCAUCGACCCCGACAGCUCCGAUGAAGACAGUAUCGUCCCCUCUCCUCCUCAGGCUUCAGCUCCUCAGCCUGCUCCUGCUGCUCAGCCAGUGGACGAAGGAGAGGAGGAGGCGCAAGCAGGUCCAUCAGGAGGAGGAGGAGGAGGAGGAGGAGGAGUGGAGAGUGGUGUAGAGGAGGAGCAGUCUAGGCGCUGCUGCAAGGUGAAAACGCCUCGGUGGAUACACGCUUGUAUGCACUACCGCUUCCCUGCCAGCAUCGACCCUUUCACUAACCUAACGUACGUGCUCUGGAUGUUUUUGGUCACUCUGGCGUGGAACUGGAACGUGUGGUUCAUCCCAGUGCGCUGGGCCUUUCCCUACCAGACUCCAGACAAUAUUUACUACUGGCUCCUCACUGACUACCUGUGUGACCUCAUUUACAUCCUGGACAUCACCAUCUUUCAGCCACGGCUCCAGUUUGUCCGUGGAGGAGACAUCGUGUGUGACAAAAAAGACAUGAGAAAAAACUACAUGAAAACCAAACGCUUCAAAUUUGAUGUAGUCAGCCUUGUUCCUCUGGAGCUCUUCUAUUUCAAAACUGGCAUCAACCCUCUGCUUCGCUUACCCAGGCUGCUGAAGAUCAACUCCUUCUUUGAGUUCAACGAGCGUCUGGAGGCCAUCUUAACCAAAGCCUACAUCUACAGGGUGAUCCGCACCACCACCUACCUUCUUUACUGUCUCCACUGUAACGCCUGUCUGUACUACUGGGGCUCUGCCUUCACUGGACUCGGAUCAACUAAGUGGGUGUACAAUGGCGAGGGCAACAGCUAUAUUCGCUGUUACUACUUUGCGGUGAAGACCCUGAUCACCAUCGGUGGUCUGCCUGACCCCACCACCCUGUUUGAGAUUGUUUUUCAACUUAUCAACUACUUUGUUGGAGUCUUUGCCUUCUCUAUCAUGAUUGGACAGAUGCGUGACGUGGUUGGUGCAGCCACAGCAGGUCAGACCUACUACCGCACAUGUAUGGACAACACCAUUAAAUACAUGUCCUCCUACCGGAUCCCCAAAGACGUACAGAACCGCGUCAAAACCUGGUACAACUACACCUGGCAAUCACAAGGCAUGCUGGAUGAGCAGGAGCUGCUGACUCAGCUGCCUGAUAAAAUGCGUCUGGACAUUGCUGUAGAUGUCAACUACUCCAUUGUCAGCAAAGUUCCUCUUUUUCAGGGUUGUGACAGACAGAUGAUCUUUGACAUGCUGAAAAGCCUGCGCUCUGUUGUCUAUCUACCUGGGGAUUAUGUCUGCAAAAAGGACGAGGUGGGUCGGGAGAUGUACAUUAUAAAGGCGGGGGAGGUGCAGGUGGUUGGAGGACCGGAUGGAAAGACCGUGUUUGUCACCCUCAGAGCAGGGUCAGUCUUCGGAGAGAUCAGUUUGCUUGCAGUCGGCGGAGGGAACAGACGCACAGCCAAUGUCAUCGCUCAUGGAUUUGCUAAUCUCUUCAUUCUGGACAAGAAAGACCUGAAUGAGAUUCUGGUUCACUAUCCCGAGUCCAAGAAACUGCUCCGCAAGAAGGCCAGGAAGAUGCUCACCAAGGGAAAGAAACCUGAGCCCAAAGAAGAGGCGAAGGACCCUCCUCAGGUCCCGGCAGCUCCUGUUAGGCAGGAAACCCCCAAACUGCUGAGAGCAGCUCUGGAGAUGACCGAGAGGUCCUCUGGGCUUAAAGGAGCUCUGGCUAAAGUCAAAGAGAAAACCAGCAAGUCCAGUGUCUCAUUACAGCCCUCCGUCUCCUCCUCCCUGCCUCCUCCAUCUCCCACCUCCAGCUUCGGACCGGACAGAGACAUGGACACGCCGUCACCCGUCUCUGAGAGCUCAGCCACGUUCAGAUCCGCCUCACGCUGCUGCAACAACAACUCAGACGACAGAGAAGAGGCUGUCACUAAGGGUGAAGAAAACGAGGGUGGGAAAAGGAAGGAGAAGAAGUUGUGAUCAUUAUUUAAAGCAGUAGUUCUCAACCUUUUCGAGUCGUGACCCCCAAUUUAUCAUGCAUGUUGUCUGUGACCCCCACUCACUGAACACAAUCUCACACGCACAGUUCAGAUCACCCAGAAAAGAAACAAAAUGACAAAAAAAGAAACAAAAUUACCAAAAAAGACACAAAUUGACCCUAAAAAGAAACAAAAUGACAGAAAGACACAAAAUGACUAAAAAAAGACACAAAAUGACCAAAAAAAAGGAAACAAAAUGACCAAAAAAGAUACAAAAUGAUCACAAAUUGACCACAAAAUGAUAAAUAAAAGACACAAAAUGAUCAAAAUAAGACACAAAAUGACAAAAAAAAGACACAAAAUGACCAAAAAAGACACAAAAUUACUAAAAAAAAGACACAAAAUGACCAAAAAAGACACAA